AUGUAUAGUUGGUCUUUUCAUCCUAAUGACUGGUUUAAGGCUAACUUUGAUGGGGCUGUUGAAGGGAACCCAGGCUUUGCUGGCUAUAGUGGAGUUAUCCAGAAUGGUGCUACCUUUUGCAUUAGGGUGGUGGCCUUUCCCUUGGGGAACCAGACUAAUCAUUUGGCUGAAGCUAUGGGUGCCCUCCAAGCUAUCAAAUUAGCACACAAUCUCGGAUUCAAGUUUUUAUCGCUGGAGGGGGAUUCUAAAAACAUCAUCAAUUGCCUCUUUGGUAAACACCAACCCUUGUGGACGAUUAAAAAUAUCAUUAAUUCAAACAAGGAGAUGCUUGAGGGUUUUGAUCAGUGCUACACUUCUCAUGAUUAUAGAGAGGCCAAAAGGAGUGCUAACUGCGCCACCAAUGAAACAGUAUAG